UGCGUGAGGCUAUGGUGGCGUUAGUAUCGUUGGGAAGUUUGGUAUGGUUUGGUAAUGCGUGAUACUGACGUGGAAAGAAGAAUUCAUUCAAUGAAAAUGCAGGCAGGCAUGAGGAUCUUCAGGAUGAUCCCAGAAGCAAGGGUCCUUCAACGUGUAAAAAUGCAGACACAAUCGCAGAUGUCCAUGAAAUGAUGACGAGUUCAUCGAUGGGCUCUCAGAAUGAUGGAUGAAUUGAACAUCAAUAAGGAGACGGUUCGUGAAACCAUCCAUGAAGAUUUACAGAAGAGGAAGAUCUGCACAAUGUUUGUCCCACACAGACUCACGAAUGACCAGCAGCAGUGGAGACUCACAUCAUGCCAAGACUUCAUCCAGACUUGUCAAUACAGUCCCAGUUUUCUUGAUUGCAUUUUUAUGUUUUCUAAGGAAUAAUGAAAGUGAAACUGACUCCUCUGCAUUGCCUGAAGAGUCAAGGCAAUGCAACCCUUCCCUUCCUGUUGAGAUGGAGCAUGAUGUCAGUAGGAUGCGGGGAGAUGCUAUCGGUACCACGCUGUACAGUGAAUGUUGGGUUCUCAAGAUUCUGAUGAAGCUUAUGAAGUUUUGUUCAGAAGAUUGGUCAGAAGAUGUUGAGACAGAGUUGUGUUUACUUUGGGACAUGACAAUUGAGCCAGAUGUGGUAGAAUUAUUGAUGCAAUAUGAUUUUCUGGAUUUGGCCUCUCGGAUCAUACGUGACACUACCAUACCUAGGCUAAUGGAGAUCUUAGUUGGGAUUAUGGGAAACCUGAGUUGUGUGCCAAGUGUUCGUAUGGAGAUUGCUAAAAGAGUCACCAUCAUUCAUAUGCUGCUUGAUUUGCUUUCUCUGCCAGAUGUUCCAACUCUUUUGCAACUUAUGAGACUACUUCAGGCAUGUUUUUGGGAUCUCAGAAACACAGAAGCAAAAAUUUCUAGUUCUGCAAUUCCAGAAGAGCACUCAGUGUUGCAUGAAAACAAAACAAUAGUCUCUUCUGAACCAGAAAUGAUUACUGAGUGUUCAGAAUUAAAUGUUAGUCCCUCAUUGAUACAUGGAGUGGAUGGGAAAGUAGGUGAAAGCUGUAGUUUUAUAGCUGAUACAAAACAGUUGAGAUAUGUAGGUAACCUUUCUGUAGAAAAAUCUGUAGAUCAUCAUCCAUUAGAAGAAGUUUCACAGCAUCUUCAAAGUUGUGUUGUUGACCUUAAGCAAUCGCGACUUACGAGUUGUGCAUUACAUGAACCUGAUCAUACAGGGAACCCACGGGUUGUGGAAUCUCAUGUACUGGAUCCAGAUCAGAUUGAUUGUGAGAGUGAUAAUAUGAAUGACAGGAUUAAUGGCAGACAGUUUCAGUUUAAUGAGGAAUCUAGUAAGGAGAAGACUGAAGUACACUCAUUGUGGUUGCAAGAAUUAUGUGAUGUGAAUAAGUGGCUUCCAAGCGUCAGCUUCAUUCUAAGAAGUUCUAAAAAUGAGGAGCUGAUAUGUAAUUCACUGGCGAUGUUGGAUUCAUUGUCUUGUGUGCCUGUUAAUAAUGGCCUUCUUGGAAUGCAUAUUGCAAGUCCAGAUAUUGUGUUGGCUCUAGUGGAGGCAUUGAAGCAACUGCAUCAUGAAAGUAGCAAGGAUGAGGACUUGUGCCCAGAUAUUAAGCUGGAGAAGGCUGUAUGUCAUUGGGCAUCAGUUCUGUCCACUUUUACAUCAUUUCCUCAAGGAAAAGUAGCAUUGGGUAGCCGUGCCGAAGCAUUGGGUACCAGUAUGUGUAACCAUUUAAUUGUAGAUAAACCCUCAAAUCAGCUCAGUGAACAUCAGGGUGAAUUCAUAAUGUUGGCAGCAACAGUGAUGAGCUCCUUAUUAGAAGAUAUGGGUUUCUUCCAUCCUCCAACUUUCAACUGCUUUCUUACUAUCCUUACAUUUCUUCAAGGCAGAAGUACAGCGCAAAGAAAUGAAUGUAACAAAGAAUAUGAGGAGAAUGUGACUGGAUCUGCAACUUUGGAGGUGGAGCAAGAAGUGAUUGCUAACUUAGAGAAAUAUUUUGUGGCUGUUGUACAGUUGGCAGAUGGAGAAGAAGUGGCCCAUGUGUUGCAACAUUGCAACCCAGAACAUGUGGCCAUUCUCCAGUCAAUUAUGGAAGGGAAGAAGUCAAGUUAGAAAUCCUAUUUAACAUACUGGUUCCCUGCCUUUAUAUCAUACCGGUUGGAACAUUUAGUUUCUACUUUCAUUUACUGGCAUUCCUUAUGAGUGAACUUUAUACUUAUAGAUCCUCUGCCACCAAUAAUUCUGAUCAGGUGUUCACUGGAAAAAGUAUUAUCACUUUAUCCUGUGUUUUGUGUUACCCAUAAUAGAUCAAAAUAGGCAGGCCUCAGAAUGUUAAUAUAUGAAAAACUCGUUAUUUUUCAUAUAUUGCUGUAAGGUUUUAAGGUUUCCAGCACCUAAAUAAGGAGAGGCAUCACAAGGUGAUGGCCAUAGGCUCCUGCCAUACUAAUCACAUUAUGCUCACAAAAAAUAUUAUAAAAGUGCACAUGUAGCAUGUGCAGUGUAUUACUGUGCAAUAGAAUAUUUAUACUGAUAACUGAUAGUGUUGCUGUAAGGAUUCAGAUAAUUUUAAUAAAAACCAGAGUCAACUCAACUUUUACACUUUUGUGUGUCCAUAAAAAUCAUUACAUUUUGAUUGAAAUCUAUUAUAAUUUGAAAUUGACAUUUAAUUACGUUUUGUGAACACCUAUUUGUACUUUCACUUCUUUUGUUGUUUACCUUUGAAAAUACUCUUUUGACAAAGGGUUGGAUCAAAUAAUAUGUGAUACUAGUUUGAAAAUAUUUGGAAUUUCCUUGAUAGGAUCAAAAUUUUGAAAUCAUACAUCCACUUUUGCACUACAUCAUCCAGAAUAUUCUCAUUGCCGACUUCUACAAGAAAAUCUUUGCGCUUACAGAAUUCGUUCUUAAAAUCCUCAGAAUCAAGUUCUUCACAAAUAUGAUCAAAUUGAAGGCAGAUAGUUUCUCAAAUUUGUAAGAAUUAGCAUCCUUCAUAUUGGAUAUUGGAAAUAUUUCCAUCUGUAAGAUCAUAAGGUUUUCCCAAAUAAAGGAUUAAAUCAUAAAAACAUGA